GUGGAAACAUCCAACUCUGCUGCUUCAAGCUGCUCACUCUGAAGCUUCACUCAGAGACAAAAUGGCUUCCAUGUUCGAGGAGGAUCUCUGCUGUCCAGUCUGUCAGGAAGUCUUUAAGAAUCCGCUUGUUCUGUCAUGUAGCCACAGCUUCUGUAAGGAGUGUCUGAAGAACUGGUGGAGAGAGAAACCAUCAAGAGAGUGUCCAGUUUGUAAGAGGAGAUCUUCUAAGGCUGAUCCACCUUUAAAUCUGGUUCUGAAUAACCAGAUUCAGAUGGCAGCUCUUUCAGACACAGUCAGAGCCACAGAGGAGGAGCUGAGAGCUGCAGACGUCUCAUUCCUGCACAACUACAAGGCUGCAGUGGAAAGAGUCCAGCGCUGCCCCCUGCUGGAGGAUCCACAGCUGCCCUCAGGAGCUCUGAUAGACCAGGCCAAACAUCUGGGCAACCUGGCCUUCAACAUCUGGAGCAACAUGGAGAACAUGGUGACCUACACUCCUCUGGUUCUGGACCCAAACACUGCUCAUCCAGGACUCCACCUGUCUGAAGAUCUGACCAGUUUGACUCCAGGAGAGGAACAGCAGCUUCCUGAUAAUCCAGAGAGGUUUGAGGUCGAGUGGUCAGUCCUGAGCUCUGAGGGUUUUAACUCAGGGAACCACAGCUGGGAUGUUGAUGUUGGAGACAGUGAAGGAUGGAUGCUUGGUGUGAUAGAGUCUGUCCAGAGGAAGGGACUUUUAGAGUCUGGAUUGUUGGUUAUGUUGUUUAUUGAUGGUGAAUAUGAAGCAUAUUCUCCACCAGCUCAUACCACGUUUCUCUCAGUCCAGAAGAAGAUCCAGAGGAUCAGAGUGAAUCUGGACUGGGACAGAGGAAAUCUAUCGUUUUCUGACCUGGAUGCUAACACACACAUACACACCUUCACUGACAAAGUGUUUCCAUACUUCAGCACUGCUGAAGUAAAACUCUUACCAAUGAAGAUCUCAGUAAUCAAACAGCAGCUCUGAGGUUUUCAGCAUGAAAAACAAAAAGUCCAAAUGAAACCUAAUUGGAGGAUUUAAUAAAUGAUGAAAUUCAAAACUUAAGUAUUAGGAGGUUGAUUUCUGAACUGAUUGACAAACUGAUCGCAGGUGUGA